AUGUCAGAACCCCAAACCCAAGAGACCCUCAGCCUCAUUGUCCAACGUAUCAGUCGUUUAGUUCACGAAGCAGCGAGCCUGGGCAUGACCCAUCUGGUGGUAAACCUCGAAUGUAUGCAAUGUCUACUCAUAUUCGAGGUUGCCACCUGGCUCAACGACGACAGUUCGACGUUGGAGAAUCGAGGAGGAAGGGCUUUGCCAGCGUCAAAGGACUCAAUCGAGGCCAUGCCAAGGUUGGAAUCUUUAAGCCUUAAGGAGGAUGAGCACUGUGCGGUUUGCUUGGAAGGGUACGAGAGAGGUGGGGAGGCUCGAGAGAUGCCUUGCAAGCACAAGUUUCACUCGAGUUGCAUCGAGUCAUGGCUCAAGGUACAAGGGUCGUGCCCGAUUUGUCGAUUCGGUAUGCCGGUUGUCGAGGAAGAAGGAAGAGGUCAGAGGAGGAAGAAUAGGGUGGUUAUGGUGACUAGAGGGAUAGGUGGCCAAAUGGAUUUCUAUGAAGACUAUAUGGAUUCUGAUUUUCAGAUUUUGGUGGAGGAAGAAGAAGGUGAAGGUGAGGGAAUUUAUGGAAUUUAG